AGAAAGGGUAGAGAAGACAAGAUGGCGGAGUGAGUGGGUAGUGCUUUGUACAGUCGGUGGCGACCCUCGAAGUUUGUCGAAAACGAGUCAAAAAGGACUGAAAAGAUUGAAAAAGCAACAAUACCGCCGGAAGUGAAAUUGAAAAGGCAGCGUUUGCCCCUCAGCACCGAGGAGGUCCGGAGAUUUUUUCCGCGGCGGUCCUUGCGACAGCGUUAGCUUGAUGCUAACGUUAGCGAACGUUCGAUUCCACUAGCUGCUGCUUCGAGGUAGCUGGGUGGUUGUUGAAGGCCGUAAGCUUGUUCGGAUUUAGUUUUGGAUGUAUAUACUUAGAUAUCGAUACAUUUCGUGUGUUUCAGAGGUUUUAUUUUAACGCAGAUCAUUUCUAGUCAGCCUAUGAAUAAAAGGAAUAACGCCAGGAGAAAUCUAUUUUCCAACUUGCCUCUUCCGUUCGUUGUAAGUAAUAGUAUUUGGAGUAACAGCUAGUUCAUAAUUACUUUCAUCAACACUAAGUGGACAUCCAAGACCCUGUAUGUUCUGCUGACAAUCGGGCCAGACUGCCGCACAGAAUUUCCUAAAGUGAAUCGGGUGGAUAUUGUCAUUUGGUGGAUAUUAUGGCGAGCAGCAGUGGCUCCAAAGCCGAAUUCAUAGUCGGUGGAAAAUACAAGCUUGUCAGAAAAAUUGGAUCGGGAUCUUUCGGCGACAUAUAUCUGGCCAUCAACAUCACAAAUGGAGAGGAGGUAGCCGUAAAACUGGAGUCACAGAAAGCCAGACAUCCACAGUUGUUAUACGAAAGCAAGCUGUACAAAAUCCUACAAGGUGGUGUCGGAAUCCCACACAUCAGGUGGUAUGGCCAAGAGAAGGACUACAAUGUCCUAGUCAUGGACCUGCUUGGACCCAGUCUGGAGGAUCUGUUCAACUUCUGCUCUCGUCGCUUCACCAUGAAAACGGUCCUCAUGCUGGCAGACCAGAUGAUCAGCAGAAUUGAGUAUGUACACACAAAGAACUUCAUCCACAGAGACAUCAAACCAGACAACUUUCUCAUGGGCAUCGGCCGUCAUUGUAAUAAGUGUUUAGACUCGUCAGUGGGGAAGAGGAAAAGAAGCUUGGCUGUUAGCUCUUCUCAGGACCCAUCUUUCUCAGGAUUAAACCAGUUGUUCCUUAUUGACUUUGGUUUGGCGAAGAAGUACCGAGACAACCGAACACGACAGCACAUCCCCUACAGAGAAGACAAGAACCUGACUGGCACAGCACGCUAUGCCUCCAUCAAUGCACACCUGGGCAUUGAACAGAGUCGCCGUGAUGACAUGGAGUCACUAGGCUAUGUGCUGAUGUACUUCAACAGAACUAGUCUGCCUUGGCAGGGAUUAAAGGCUGCCACAAAGAAGCAGAAGUAUGAGAAGAUCUCAGAGAAGAAGAUGUCCACCCCUGUUGAGGUCCUCUGUAAGGGUUUCCCAGCAGAAUUUGCCAUGUAUCUGAACUACUGCCGUGGCUUGCGCUUUGAGGAGGCUCCAGACUACAUGUACCUGCGCCAACUGUUCCGCAUCCUCUUCAGGACUCUGAACCACCAGUAUGACUACACAUUUGACUGGACCAUGCUGAAACAGAAAGCAGCCCAGCAGGGGGCCUCCUCCGGGGGCCAGGGCCAGCAGGCACAAACCCCCACAGGCAAGCAAACUGACAAACCCAAGCCUAACAUGAAAGGUUUCUGAGUGCUCUCUGCCCAGAGCAGAGCUGCAGGAGCGUUGGUGACCAGGACCAACACGUCUCUCUCUUCCUGGACAAGCGACAAACAGAAAGUCUGUGUCUGUCCUUCCAUAAUAACUAUCUAUGUAAUGGAAAUGUAUAGAUUUACACAUGCGUUUGUCAGCUGUGUUAUCUAUAUAUUCAUAUGUAUAUAUAAUAAAACUCUCCACUCCAAAAAGAAAAAGCAGGUUUUUUUGGAUGUGGAGGCUGUAGCCCCCUGCCCCAUCCUAGACACCACUCACCCCCCCUCCCCCACCCAUCCAUCCAUCCCUCCGUCUGUCCUCCUUUCAGUGUUGACUUUUUGUAAGGUUUCUUUGGAAACUGAAGUUAAGAAGAUAGUCAGCUGACCCUCUUUUUUUUUUUUUUUUCCUCCUCUCCCAGUGGAAACAUCUCAGCAUCUCUUCCCCUCUUCACUCCUUAAUUAUUUCACUCCCUCCUUUUACCAAGCAAAUGUUUAAACAUGUAAACCUGAGAACUGUUCUCCCUUUUUCUUUCUGAAAUAAUUGAAUGAUGCAACCCUGGAUGUUAUUUACUAAAAAAAAAAAAAAUCAAAAAUGUUUUUUUUUUUCUUGUUUUCUUUUUGUUUUCCUAUGGUGAUUAGGAGUUUGCCUGUUGACAAUAUAAGCAGCUGAUGGCAACAGUCAAUGGUAGAAUGAUACUCUGGCUCUCUCCCUCUUUCUUUAGAGCUCUGAAUUAUUAUUAAAUCUGUUGUAAAACCUAUGGUCUUCUCCAAUAAAAACAUUACAUUACUCAGA